AUGGUGUUGUACAAGAGAAAACCAGUUAUAUACCAAGAUCCCCCACCGUUGCCGGAGGACAUGAGUGUGAAGGUAUGGCACAUUCCAGAAACCCAAGAAUGGUUUUAUUCAUACCAAGAGUAUUUGGAUCGUCUAGAUUAUUAUAAUCGAAGAAAGUUUGUGUGCGAAGUCACCGGUAAUUCGUGUUUCACCUAUUUCGAAGCCCUCGAAUCAGAAAAGCAUGAAAUGAAAAAAGUCGAUCAAAACUUCCCUGAACCGCUAAAGGAACCAGUGUUGCGAUUCUUACAAUUCUCCACCAUCCCAAGACUAGAUUUACUCGUUGAUAUGGUGUAUUCGCAAUUCAAGAAUGAUUUCUAUCCAGGCGAAAGCGUCUUGGUCAAGUUUCAAGACACUAAGAAACCAGCAAAGAUAAAAGAGAAGGCAAGGUUCAAUGCAUUUGUCGAUGAGCUAGGGAUGCUAAGACCCGGUUAUUGCAGUUAUCGCGUUUUAUUUGAUAAUAGCACCGAAGUGACCAUCGAUGAGUCGAGUAUAUCUAGAGACAGAGCCCAUUUCACUAAAUGGUUUGUGAAAACUUUUAUAAAACUUAGUGUUUCAAGAUCGAGCAAGAUCGGUGCCCCAUGGAUCGUCCGGGAACAAUUCGCAACAAAAUACAGAAUUCCAAUGGAAUACCCUCCUCAUUUAUUGGCGUUUGCCCCGAAAACGCACGUUCCAAAACCUUCUCCAAAAUCAAGGAAAAGACCAGGAAACGAAGAUUCUGAACAUCCUGCUAAGCGCCUUGAUUCUAAGAAAGAUACGAAAGUUGAAGAAUCCCAAGAGCAAAUUAAGUUGCCUCCGAUUUUACCUAAUAAAGUCAAAAUGGUGGCUCCUAAACCGCUUUUUGCCCCUGCAGGGACCCCUGGGGCGACCACCAUCGCCAUCGGGGCAACCGGGUUCAAGAAAUUGCCACUUGGUGAUAUUAUGAAUGCAAAUAACAAACAAUCGCUCCAAGACCCAUCAGAAUUCAAAAUUGAAUUGAGAGAACCGGUUUAUUUUGGUCCAAAACCUCCUCAGGCAUCGAUAGAUAAAAUGGACGGGCUUGAGAAAAUGGCAUAUGUGCAAGGACUCGGAUCGUAUCUCGAUGUAGUGGCACCAAAGAAAUGUUUGAUCGAGGAUAUGGACAUUCCAAUGGGUUGGCCCGAAUCACAAGCGCCAAAUGAAUUAUUCAAUGAUUUUAAAAUCCCUAGACCUCAAACUAUUCCCGAACUAAAAGAUUUCAUUUCCGAAGCCCUUCAAUCAUGGAUCUUUUUGAACGUUUACAGCAAUGCCUUGAUUCUUGAUAAUUUCACAUUCGAUGAUUUCAUCAAUUGUUUUAAAUUGACCGAGGUAAGAAAUAUCCCAUUAUUAGAUGAAAUAUUUUGUGCGGUACUUAGUUGUUUUAUUCUUGGAGAAAACGAAGACGUGGGGCUCAGAAUUUAUGGAUAUGAAUAUGCCAUUAAAGAUGAUGGUGAUGCGACACCAGCGGGGAAUAGUAAUCAUGGCAAUGGGAAUACUGCUAAUAAAAAUGUUCAGGAUGAUGAACCAAUGGUAGAAAUCGAUUUUCCGAUCCCAACAAAUGGUAAAUACGAAGAUGAAGAAUUUCUAUUGGUCACCAUUCCCCAACGAUCGAUAUUUGAUGAGCAGUCUGAUGAUGAAGAAAACGAUGGUAAUGAUGAUGAUGUUGAUGAUAAUGAUGAUGAAGAAAUGAAAGAAAACGAUACUACAGAGAUUAAAACUGAAGAUUUGAAACUAGAGGAUGACGAACCAAAUGAUAUACAAGACGAAGGUGAACCAAAGAAAGUUAACGUGAAAGUGAAAUCCGAAUCUAAUUAUGGUCUCGAUUUCGAUAUUUAUGAAGGUAUCAAACUUAGUGAGGACCCAUCGCAUUCAGAUCUGGAAUCUGAAGAUGAGUACGAUAACAAACGCAACAAUGCUGGUAAACUUUUGAACUAUCGUAAUAUAUCAUGGCAAGAACGACUAUUCAAACGUCAAUUUAAGGAUGGGUAUUGGCAGAUUAUAAUGCUAGGGGUUCUCUCGUUAGUGUCUCAUCUCAAGAAAUACAAAAGCCUUGUUAAACAAAUCAACGACGUUCUCGCCCCGAAAGGCGUUAGCGCCUCAGCAUCUUCGGUUCAGAAUCAGUUUUAUACUAAGAUGCCGAUCGAUUUGAAAAUCAAAGCAUUGAAUGUCCUUUGUGAAUUGCUCAUCGAAGGGAAAAUCAUUAGAAGUUACAUUGAUAAUGCGAUGGAAGAAGCUACGAGGUUAAGAAGAGAUCGUUUAGACGCAGUGCGUGAGUACAAAGCGGUGAUGGAUAAAGCUCGUGAUUUGAACGCUGAGUGUAACAUGUUGUUACAAGUUUGGAAAAAAGAUAAGUCGGCCACUAAUUUGGUAUUACCCCCCGAUGAAGAUAGCAAACGUCGUAGACGUAAUUUCACUUUGAAGUUUGAAGCCAGUGAAGAUGAGAUCUCCCUUGGGAAUAUCAACGCUGGAUACCAAAAGAAACUCGAUGCCCGAAAAGAAUGUAUUUCUGAAGCCAAUAAGUUGAGACAAAUUAGAAAAAAAAUCGAGAAGAAAUUAACCGAGCUUGAUUGUGCUAGGGUUAAAAUCAUUGGCAAGGACAAGUUUUAUAACCGUUAUUGGUGGUUCGAAAGUAAUGGGUUGCCAAUUGUCAACAGAAGUUCCAGUAUAGUGAAUGAGGAUGAUGAGGAUGAUGAAGAUAAAGAUAAUAAUGCCGCGGCCACCAAUAAUAAGGACAUCGUCAACAAUCCUAACGAUGCCCUGCAAGAACGUUACUUGAUGGGUCGCUUAUGGGUUCAAGGUCCAAGUUUCGAAGAUAAUAUGUUUAUGUUGGACGUGAUUCAGAAAGAUUUUGAGAACUUUUACAAGAUUAAACAUAACUUGGAGGAAAAAGUCGACAAAAUCGCUGAUCAACGUGAGAACUUUGCAAUGAUCAAGGCGAAAAUUGAAAAUUCAGACUAUACGAAAACUGAGAAAUUGCCAGUAUCUUUUGUUGCUGCAGCUAAAGAAGUAUUUGAUUUAGAAUUUUCUGAAGAUGGAAGUAUUGUCAAGGAUAAGGAUGGGGUUGUGAUUUACAAUAAACCGGAGGUAAAAGAAUCUAAAACUAUUGAUGGCGAUCUGAAAACCGAAAACCAAUUGGUUAAGGCUGAAGAGGCUGAUGAUCGAAAUGCGAACAUUAAACAGGAAUUGACAGAAAAUGGAUCGGAAAUUGUAAAGGAAGGUGGGAAAUCUGAUGAUGCUGGGGAGAAGAAAAAACAAGAUAACACUAAAGAUCAUAAGGAAGAGCAACCGGUCAAACUCACCACUCAACAAAGAAAACUUAUUUGUGAGGCUCCGUGCCCAAUGAUCUCUUCCAAAGAUUGGAGAUUCUACGAAUCGCAAGAGGAAAUUGAGCAAUUGAUUCGAGGAUUAGUUCCUUGGGGUAAUCGUGAAGCUGAAUUGCGGAAAGAGUUGGCAAGAAUCAAGGGUGCCAUUGACGCGAGUAUUGAAGCGAGAAGAAAAGCUUUGCUUCUUGAUGAUAUUCCCGAAGCAGAGAAGUUGUUACAAAAAGAGAUUGAUGAAGUAUAUUUUUCUGAGAGUGACGACAGUGAUGGUGAAAAAAUAAUGGAUGAAUUGGAUGAAAAAAGUAAAACUGUUACUGAGGAAGAACCGGUGGAAAUUGAAGAAGUGAAGCCGGUUUAUAAAAGACGUACUAGAAGGGCUGCUGCAAAAGAAGAGAAAGACAUUGAAGAAGCAGUGGGGAAAUCUUCGAAAGAAAUCAAAGGAGAAGAAGAACAACCGAAUACUGUUGUUGUUGACCUGGAGGUUGAACAGACAAUUGUCAAGAGAGCUUCGAAACGAGAAUUGAAACGUCGGAGGUUGCAAGACCACCAAGCCAAAAAGAAGGAAUAUUUUGAUAAAAUGGAUGAAUUAAGUGAAUUGCAACAAGAGCGAGAACAGCAACGAUGUAGCGAAUGGGUGAACCAAUGCGCGAUUUCUAGAUUGGGCCAUUCGCAUUAUGAGGGACCACCAAAGGUUAAGAAUGGGGGUGUUUCUGGUUAUAAGAAGCGUAAGAAGUGA